UCAUCGGUUCGUGACUGUAGUGUCCCAUCGGCGACUCAUCUGGAAUAAUAUUUCCCAUUAAAUCAAAGAAAAAUGAUCACUUCCGUUGUCGCAGUCCUCUUAUUAGUCACGACCUGCAGUCUGGCCAGUGACUAUUCCACCGGAGGUUGGCAAGGAAUCGGCUCAUCGGGUUCAUACGGCAAUAUUGACAAUGGCAAUGUAGCCGGCAACCUCGGCGGGCUGGAUAAUUACAACCAGGGGAGCUUGCAGCAUCAGGAAUCGGCGUCUUAUGGCUCUGCCUACGGAGGCUCUGGACUGGAAGGCUACGGGGGCGGACAAGAGGUUGGAUACGGAGGUGGAUACGGAGGUGGAUACGGAGGUGGAUACGGUGCCGGUCAGAACAUAGGAUACAAUCUCGGAGGAGGAAUCGGCAGCGGACUCCAUGGAGCGAACAUCGAAUCGAACUACGGAGGUGGAUACGGUGGACUAGGCGUAGCCAACAUCGAAUCCAACUACGGUGGAGGAUACGGGGGAGUCCAAGUGCAGCAUCACCAUGCUCAAACGAUACCGCUGGGUCAGCACAUCGAAGUGACCAGACCAGUCGCCGUUCCCGUUUACAAAGAAAUAGGUGUUCCCGUCGCCCAGGCAGUCGCCAUAGCCAUUCCUCACCCCAUAGCGGUGGGGGUGCCGCAACCCUAUCCGGUCCACGUACCCGUCGCACAUCCGGUACCCGUUCCCGUGGUAAAAACGAUCGCUGUACCAGUUGAGAAGAAAGUCCCGUAUCCAGUGGAGAAGAUAAUCCCAGUGCCAGUUGAGAAGGCGGUUCCAAUUACAAUUGAGAAGCAUAUACCAGUACCAGUUGAAAAACCGUACCCCAUACACAUUCCAGUUUACAAGCACGUGUUCCACAGAGUCAAGAGUCACGGAUGGAGCCAUCAUUCCGUGAAAAUGGAUCUCAAUGAUCGGGUCAAGAUUAUUAGUAUUCGAUACCCCGAAGCAAAAAAUUGUUCAUUGGCAGAGAUGGAUGCGUACAUCGGAAUAUGCAAGAUGCACGAUAGUCUUAUGGUAAAGUGUAAGAAUGGAGUGUGCCUCAAAACGGGAUUGAAAUUGUCGGACAAUCGUUUCUUCCUCGAUGUUCAAAGACUGGCUCCCCGGUAUAUUAAGACGAGAAAUGAUCGAAAUUGUAUCAGUCGUAGAAGCGGCUCACAUCACAACAGCAGCCUUAGUGCUCAACGAAAGCUCAAGUCCCUAGCCAUGAACAGAAUCGUACUUUUACUCUCCGUCUUAUCGCUGGCAGCCGCAGCGCCCUGGCAGCCAUCUUAUCACCCGUAUCAAUACCAGCCGGAAUAUCAUUCUCAAGCCUUAUCGUCCGACACCAACGGGCAGCACAUAUCCAUGAGAUCCGGUUACGAGAAUUUAAGUUCCGGAAGUGAGGGCGGGGGCUACGAUUUCGGAGGCCACGGAGGAUCGGAUGGAUCCAGCAGCCAUCUAGAGGCCGGGGGUGGUGGCUACGAGGGAGGUUACGGGGGUCAUGGGGGUCAGAGCUUCGAGGGUUUUGGUGCCAGCGGUGGCCACGGUGGUUUCGGAGAGAGCCAAGGCUACGCAGCCUUCGAAAACUUCGGAGGUGAUCACGGGGGCGACGGCGGUGGUCACGGAAUUUCCCUGGACGGUGGUCACAACUACGUUCAAAGCGUUCCAGUCUCGGAACACGUGGAAGUGACGAAGCCCGUUGCGGUUCCAGUCUACAAGGAAAUCGGUGUGCCUGUCGCUCAGCCGGUUAAAAUCAACGUUCCUCACCCGGUUGCUGUUGGUGUUCCGCAGCCUUACCCGGUCGCAGUUCCGGUAUCGCAACCCGUGCCGAUUCAGGUUAUCAAAACCGUAGCUGUCCCCGUCGAGAAGAAGGUGCCUUAUCCAGUUGAGAAGCACAUUCCAGUCGCCGUUGAGAAGCACGUGCCAAUCAAGAUCGAAAAGCACAUUCCUGUUCCCGUAUUCAAGCCCUAUCCAAUCAGGAUUCCCGUUUACAAGACCAUCUAUCACCACGCAAAAAGCGGAGGCGGCGGUGGUCAUCAUCACUGUAUUCGUCAGAAACAUACGAAACCGCACAAAACGUCGCAAUCAGUUGUACUCGUUGGAAACGAACCGCAAUUACAGAAUUUAACCGAGUGCACGGAGUCUCACCUCAGUUUGAAUGAACGGUCUGCAUUCGCUGGCAGUGACAGUGACCAUAAAUUGUGCAACACUCCGGUAAUCAAUGAACGUUAUAUUCAAUAUACAGGCCAUUCGCGUAGACAUUAUCUCCGAUCAACGGAUGACGAACUCAUUAAAACCGGUCCGGUGAUAAACAUCGAGAGAAAAGGCGGAAGCCUCGUGAUUCCGCAUGCUGUACCUUAUACCAGUGGAAGCAACAAUUAUAUAAGACAUAAAAUGCCACUGUAUUGCUGCUAUUGCCGGACUUGUACCACUUCGAGGGGUCUCGCUGCCUCUUCCCAAAAACUGACAACCAUGAACAGAAUCGUGCUUUUACUGGGGAUCGUCGGCUGGUGUCAGGGGUCAGGCUGGGACAUUGGAGGCCACGGUGGGCUGAGUCUAGGGGAGAUUUCCGUGGGAGGUCACGGCCACGAAUUGCCGGCAAUUUCCCUCGACGAGUCAAGCCUUGGAGGUCACGGUGGCGGCUGGAAUCUAGGAGGACAUGGAGGCUGGGAUUCCGUCUUUAGCAUCGGAGGCGGGGGUCACGUGGGACACGGGCUUCACGUUAUCCCGGUGGUCAAGGAAAUUGGAGUUCCGGUGGUCAAGCCGGUUGAGGUCAAGAUCCCUCAUCCAGUGAUACAAACCGUGCCGCAACCCUAUCCGGUAGCGGUUCCCGUGUCCCAGCCCGUCCCAUACGAGGUGAUCAAAAACGUCGUGACUAAGGUCGAAAAGAAGGUGCCAACUCCGGUGGAGAAAAUCAUUCCUUACAAGGUGGAAAAGCCCGUGCCUUUCAAGGUGUACAAACACGUUCCCGUGCCAGUCAUCAAGCGGUUCCCGAUCAAAAUUCCUGUAUACAAAACCGUCGUUCACAUAAAUUCUCGACUAAUCGGAUACCUUAUUAUUUCCUCGAGUUUAAAAACUGUUGGUCUAUUCUUUCUGCAGGACUAUAAGAUACAUAAUAGACCUGUCGUUACACAGGUGGAGUUUGCAGACGAAUCUAGAUACAAAAAGAGAAUAUCGAAACAGCUCGUUACAGGACAUAUAAGUACGGAACUAAUGGAUUAUGAACGAUCUGAGAUGAACAACUUCAGCAAUUCGUUCAGCCUGCAUCGUCUGUUUUUAAUUGCUGACCUACCUUCGGAUAGAAACUGUUUUCAAACAACGAUCGAUUCAUUAUUCAUGCGCUAUACGAUCGUAUUUAAGAUAAGUAUUGACAGCUAUUACUCGACGAUGGAGCCUUGCUGGAGAACCGCUUCAAUCAGUGUCAAGAUAAUUCCAAACUGUACAAACAUUUUAAUUAAUAAGCGUACGCGACGUUUAAUAAAUCGUAACGCAUCGCCAGAGCAAUUCUCUUACUCUGUAAUUAAUAACCUCCCCAUCCAAGUUCCAACCAGUGAAGAGUUUCACCUACGACGACACCCGGAAGAGCAUUUUACACGGCACGACGAACCAUGCGAUUCAUGCUUAUUAUCCGAUCUACCACAUGCUCAGCGAGGCAUCGUGUACUUCUACAUGGAACUAAGGAGGGAAACCAUUUCAAACUUUGUUAAAAGAUACUUAAAUUCAGUCGUACUGCAUUCAGCACUUGAAUCCUUGCGUCAGCACAUCCCCCGCACAUUUACAAACAUGAAUAAAAUUAUUUUUAUCCUGGGAUUUGUGGCCUUAGCCGCGGUGGUCAACGCCAGUGGAUACGAAGAGGAUCACGGCAAGUCAACUUACGAAGAAAAGACAAAAACCGUGCACAUUCCCAUCUACAAAAAGUAUGCCAUACCAAUUCCUCAUCCCGUGCCGGUACAAGUGCCUCAGGAAAUCAAGAUCCCCAUACCCCAACCAUACAAUGUCCAGGUUCAGAUCCCUCACCCCUACCCCGUGGAAGUUAUAAAGCACGUUGAAAUUCCGGUUGAAAAGCCCGAGCCGUACACCGUCGAGAAGCACGUACCCUUCAUCGUUGAAAAGCCCUAUCCAGUAUACGUCGAGAAGAAAUUCCCAGUUCCAAUUGCCAAGCCGUACCCAGUUCACGUGCCAGUUUACAAGCACGUUUUCCAUCACACUUCCUCCGGUGGACACGGUAAAGGGUGGCCCGCAACUAUCUUAAUUUACAAAAAAUCUGCGCAAAUGUUGGUCCGGAAAAGAAUAUGGAACCCCGGAAAAACCCCGCUGCUUGACAAAACGAGUAGCCAUAAAAUAGGAAUAUUAUUAUGCGUGCAGAACUACUUUUACUUGCGAGACGCACUUUCACUCCAGCCUCUUUACUUUAAUCUUGUCAGUCUGAUGGUUGAUUUUGGAAGGGGUCUUCGAUCGAGAGGAACGCCCCGCGGAGUGGUGGACGCUACCGAAGAGGUCGAAGCGCUUGCGUUGAAACUAAUACCUGCAACUAGCCUCCACCAAUUUGGAAUGUUUCUAGCAGUACCGUUCAAUCCCCAAUAUCGGAAUGAAAUCAUAAUAACAUGGAACAGCCUCCGAGAGAAGGGAGAAAGUAGCGGCACAUCAAAGCAUCGCGGACCGAAGCGAAGUGCCAUAAGGUUCCUCAUAUUGGCAACGAUAGUGGGGCUAGCUUCAGCCAGUCAUUACGGCGAAGAAGAACAUGGGCACGGUGGAACGACGUAUCACGAAACCUCAAAACCAGUCGAGAUACCGAUAUACAAAAAAUACGCCAUCCCAAUACCGCAUCCGGUGCCAGUCGCUGUUCCCCAGCACAUCAAAGUCCCGAUUCCGCAGCCGUACCAAGUCCAAGUGCAGGUUCCGCACCCCGUUCCUGUUGAAGUUAUCAAGCACGUUGAAAUACCGGUAGAAAAGCCAGAGCCUUACGUCGUGGAAAAGAAGGUCCCGUACGUUGUUGAAAAACCGUAUCCUGUCACCGUGGAAAAACAUUUCCCGGUACCAAUCCCGAAACCAUACGCCGUCCACGUACCGGUAUACAAGCACGUCUUCCAUCACCAAAGCAGCAAAGGACACGGAGGCUGGAAGCACUGAUUCGUGCGCAGAUUUACUUUCAAUGAUCGACGCUAAUUGCCAAAAAGAAAGAGAGAAAAAAUCUCUUGGUAUCCGAUCUUGGAAUCGCAAUUUAAUGCUUAUACUGUACAUAGAUUUUUUUGUUGUUAAUGUUCGUUGUUCUCGUUAUGUUUUUAGAAUAAAUCAUUUUUUCCUAUACGAUU